GGAAACCUGUGUGUAAACAUAGGCGAGUAUUAUACAGGAGGCGUCCAGCCUGCUUCACCUCCGGAUCAGAUGCUGGAAGGGGCUCAUCUAUAAGGCACAGCGGCAAGCAACAGGGGGACUGACGGGGGCUGCAGCCUGAUCCUCUACAAUUAUGGACCCCACAACUGACAGCAAGCGACUCGGAGCAGUGAAGCUAUCUCGUGUAACUUUCCGAGCCACGAAUCGGGAUAGUGACCCUUCAGCUUUGAAAACUCCCACAGCUGCCCAAAGCUCCAGGGGAACCUCAAAUGUGAAACCUCCGCCAAGUGAAGGAUCCUUAAAACCUACAGACACAAAAAAAACUACACAGUCCAUCAGUCUGUCCGGCCUUCUGGCAGCUCAACGGAUUACAAUGAGACUUAAGAAUCAAGUCGUUUUAAGGAGGAAGGCCAGAGCUCGAACCCCAAACCGCAAGCCCAUCCCCAUCAUCAAUGAACAGGUACCUGCUGGUUCUGCAAAUCCCCCACAAAGGUUCCCAUACUCCCUAGCAAAAGAACUCAUCCAAGAAUUUUUGACAGCAAAGCUAAGAAACGUAACGUACGACCCAAGUACGUCGGCCGACCUCACCAAGAACUUGUGUGAGGACAUCAAGAAAAUGGUCCGCAGAGUCACACCGCCCCGAUACAAGCUCAUCUGCAACAUGGCCAUAGGGAGCAAGAACCAGGAGGACAUUCUGAUGACCAGUCAAUGUCUGUGGGACUCGUACUCUGAUAACGUCACCUCCUGCAGCUUCCAGAACUCUACCAUGUUCUGCGUCGCCACGGUCUAUGCAGUUUACUUUGAGUGAAGCCGUAAUAGACUGUACAUCUCAUGACUCUGGUCCUUUCAAACAUGACAGAUAAAGAAAUAAUAACUAAAGGGCCCCUUUCCAUGGGCCGAGAAUUGAAAAGAUCAUCGCUAACGAGUGUUCAUAGUAACGCGGUGUAAAUGUACCGCCGAUUACCCAAUGAACAAGCGAAACGCUCAUUCAUCGGAUAAUUGGAUCAUUAGUUCAGCACAAAAAAAAAUCGUUUCCCUACAGCAGAUCGUCCUGUGUAAACGCGAUCUGCUGCCGGGAAACGAGUCUGUAUGGGGAAGAGAGAUGGCGUUGGCGAUUGUUCCUCCCAAUACUCUGGAGGAGAUUGAUUCAUCUUGAUGCGCCGGUCUCCUCUGCUAGGGAUCGGCAGAUUGUCGGGAAGGAACGCUUCCUCCCCAACAAUCUGCUUGUACAUCGCCCGUGUAAAGGGACCUCUAGAAGUUACACAGAUUAGUUGGAGCACCUUAAUCCACCCUGCACAUGAAAAAUAAUCCUGGAAGAAUCCGGCACACUCGAGGUUCGACCCAGUAAACCUCCCAAGCAGUAGCAGAUCAGUAGAUAGUUUUGUAUUCUUGAACAGGCUGGAAUCCUGCAGAUUAUAUUUUGGGUCAUUUCAAUUUUUUUGUGGGUUGGUUUUAUUCCAAUUGUGAUGUUUAAGGCCAGGGUAACAAGAGUGCAUUUUGGAUGUGUGACCCGAGCUGACCAUAGGUUUAACUGACCUAAACUCACAGCACAAUAGAUCUCUAUCUAUCUACAGACAAUAGGAUAGCGAAAAUGUAGAAGACGGGUGCCAGGGGCUGUAGAAACAAUCCCAGUUCCUGGAAAUAUAGUGCAAACAUUCCUCGGCACUGCAACAAGUGAAAGAUAUUCUGUGUUUAUUCACCAAACAGCAACGUUUCGGUCUUCUUUCUGGAACCUUUCUCAAGCAGUAAUACAUAACUAAAGUGCAUAGUGCAUAUAAAUAGGGGAGCCAAUUUACAACA